GUCACAUUCAACAGAACACAGAUCAUUUCCCAGAAAGGAAAGCAGUUCUCCUCAGUGUGAUCAGAGCUGCAGACGUGUGUGUGGAACCGUCCAACAAACCUGAAACGACUUCAUCACAUCUGGUUCAAGUCUCAUUGAAGGUGCUUCGGUGGAAACAGUCCACAGUGGAGCUCAGUGGAAGCAGUGAAGUGACACCUGUGUGCUUCUGAAGCCUGGGUACCUUCAGUUACAAGGACAUUCAACUACAACUGUGGACUUUGUGCAGGAAGAUGAAAGUGUUGGUGGUGGUUGUGAUCCUCAUCCACGUUUCCCAGCAUGCAUUGGCUGUAGCGGUGCAGGCGUAUGAGGGGAUGGAGUCGGUCCUGCUGCCCUGCCAGUAUUCUGGCAUGUUACCGGAGGAUCCUUCAGUGGUUUGGAGUCGCUCUGAUCUCAACCUAACAGUUAUUUACCUGCUUAAAUACGAAAGUGACGAUCUCAAAGAGGAAUACCGACGCAGUGAGCGCACGUCAAUGAAGACCAACGCUCUGGAAUCUGGAGACUUCAGCCUCACUGUGAAGAAACCACAACUGUCUGACAGCAGCAACUACACCUGUAACCUCCGAUGGGAAACUGAGAGGAAGGAGACGAAAGAGUGGAGACUGACACAAGUACAGCUGCAGGUCAAAGAUGACGAGGAGGAGGUGAAGGUCCAGCAGGGGGCGGAGUCUAUCCAGCUGCCUUGUAAAGCCUCAGCCGAUCUGCCUGAAGACACCACAGUGGACUGGACUCACGUUGAUCCAGAACUGUUGGUGGUCCACGUGUACCGGAAUAAAACUGAUGAUCUUCAAACACAGGACAGGUCUUACCGUGGCCGCACACAGAUGAAUAAAGACAUGAGUCUGACUCUGAAACACCCCACAGACACAGACGGAGGUGUGUAUAUCUGCAGCGUCUACAGGGAAGGAGACGUCCUGAGGUCUAAAGUCCUGCUCCAGGUGGUCCCAGGUCAGUGCUGGGAUAGACCACAUGAAACAGCUCCAAUCUGAAAACACACACCUUCUGCUGCAGCUCUCACUUCUGAGUCCAAAGCAUUCAAUAUGGAGAUCCAUGUCCUGAUGUCAUUUCAUACUGAUGGAGAAAAGACACUGUUCAAUAAUCUUUCUUUCAAUACUACUUAUCAAUACUCAGUACUACAGUCAAUACUCCACCUUAUCAAUACACAGUACUACAGUCAAUACUCCACCGUAUCAAUACUCAGUACUACAGUCAGUACUCCACCUCAUCAACUCUGGCUCUUUCAUAUGACCAACUGUCAAACAGGUACACAGAAUAAAACACAUCUUUCUUUUCAACUUCAUUUGAAGCAGGAUUUAGGGUACUUGAUAAUGUCUUUACACAUUUGUUAGGAUUUGAUUGACACGUCAUCAUACAAUCAUGUCUUAGCAGGAGUUCAUGUUGGUGUUUUGUCGUCCACAGAGGGUUUUCCAACCUGGGCCACAGCUCUCCUGGUUGUCUUUGCUGUUCUUCUAAUCACUCUAGGACUUUUAUUUAUGU